AGUAUAAUAAAGUAAGAUUUGAUUCACUUAAAAAAAUUGUCAUUAAUCUUGAUUACACUGUUUAGAAAAUUAUAGUUUAGUUGUCCAAAUUGUAAUUUUUUUAUUCGUAAUCAUUUCGAAUACUUCUAAAUGGCUAAGUUCAAAAAAGAUUCUUGUCAAUCGGAUACAAAAUUACACAUGAAAUCAAUUAAAAGAAAACAGAAACAUCAAAACCGAAAAAUUAAAAAACGCGAAAUGCAAUCCUUACUAAUGAAUCCUUAUGGCAAACUUGUUUCUCAUCCACAUGUCCCAAACAAUCGAGAAGUUUCAAAUGCGUUCAACUCAUCUUGGAAUGUUGAAAUUUGCAAUAUUUCUAAAUACAAACAUCUCGAUUCAGUUAAACAUGUAAAUGGGAAAGGAAAAAAGUGUAAACGUAAGAAAAAUAAAGAUCGUUCACGUUAUCACGAAGAAAAUCAUCGUUUAAGCCAUUCAUCUUUAAAAUUUAACGGUGUAUCUCCAACUAAAUGUAAUGGAAAUCAUUUUAGUAAUUCAUCGUGGAAUAUUGAAACGAACGUUUCCCCAUUAAAUACUGCUCAUAACGUUAAGAAACGUAAAAAAGGAAAAUUUAUUUUAAAAGAAACAAAUAAAAAUGUGGUGUCUUCAAAAGUGAAAGGAAGUUCGAGUAAAAAUUUACUUGGAUCAAUAUUAAUUAGCGAUUCGGAAUCACAAACCGAAGACGAUGAUGAACCGAUUGAAACAAUUUUUCAAAACAAGUAUAAUAAGAAUGGUAAAUUAAAUGUUAAUUUUGUUAAUUUUAAUACGGAAAAUGUGAAAAAUGAAUCGUUUAAAACAUCGCCGAAGAAAAGUUCGAAACAUAAAAAAAAAUUGAAAUCAUUCGAUGCAAGUGAAAUUAUUCAAGAUAUGAAAAAUACCAAGAAAUCAGUGAAAAAAUGUAAGAAGAAAUUGAAAAAAUCUAGAAUGGAAAUAACUGAUGUUUCAAAAAAUGUUCAAAAUAAUACUGAAAUCGAGGUUUGUGAAAAUAUUUCUCCAACAAAAUCAAAUGGAAGCAUUACUGAAAGCUCUACUGAAAUCGAAAUUCUCGAUAGUACAAAUGAUUCAUCCGAUCUAAACGAAAAUGUCACAUCAACCACCACCAAAAAUGAUGUGGAUUUAGAAAUUAUCGAAAAUAUUCAAACUCCAAAAUGUUUCAUUAAUUUAACGAACAUGGAUUCUGAAAUCGAAAUUAUUGAGAGUAUGGAAAUAACUGAGAGAAAUCAAAAUGUGUCAUCGGAUAGUGAUAUAGAAGUUAUCGAAAAUAUUGAAAAUAUAAAUAGUGAUAAUACAGACAUUGUAGAUUUAAACAGUGGUAAAUUAGAUCAAGAUAAUACAGACAUUGUAGAUUUAAACUGUGACAAAUCAGAUCAAGAUAAUGCAGACAUUGUAGAUUUAAACUGUGGCAAAUCCGAUCAAGAUGCGGCUACCACAUUUAAAAAAAUAUGUCAGUAUUAUGUGCUAGAAAAUGUAUGCAUUGUAAUACUUAAACACCCCACAAAAUUAUACUUUGAGGGUGUUCUAAAAGCUUCGGUUAUUGUUGGUAACGUCCAAAUAUUCGGUUAUACACUAACUAAAGAACCACAAAUUAUUCAUUCCUUGGCCGGAGCAAGUUUUUUGUGUUUUGAAACAUGCUAUGAUUCGAAUUUAUUAUUACCAAAUGAAAAUUUAUCGGAGCUAGGAUUAAAUAAAAAUAUCAUAAAAUCGUUAGAACCAUCCGAUUGUAUUUUAAAAUUCGAACCAUAUACGUUAUCGAAAAUUCAAUUUAUCGAUAAUUAUAUUAAACAAAAGUUUAUUCCGCAAAUACGGGAAGAUAAUGAAAUCGAACAAUUUUUAAAAUGUCGAUUAGAAAUUGAGGAUGAUACGUUCAGGUCAAUAUUCAAAUCGAAUCCACAAUGGGAUCAACCAAUUCAAAGCAUAAUUAGUACAAAUAAUAGUAAAACAAUUCUUUGUGGUGGAAAAAAUGCUGGAAAAUCAACUUUGUUUCGUUAUACAGUUAAUAAAUUGUUAAAUUAUAAUAAUGCUGUAUUAUCUUUGGAUUUUGAUAUUGGACAGUCUGAAUUUUCUGUGCCCGGAUGUAUUUCAGUUGUUAAAGUUACCAAACCAUUAUUAGGGCCAAAUUAUACUCACUUACAAAAACCUGAAAGAUCAUAUUUUCUUGGAACCAUAAGUGUAGUCAAUAAUAUGGAUGGAUAUCUUUAUGGAAUCAAAUACAUUUUAGAUUAUUGUUCGACGAAUCCAUCAUAUCAAAAUAUUCCCUGGGUUAUAAAUACAAUGGGAUUUGUUAAAGAUAUUGGUUUUUCAAUUAUGAUACACUUAGCUCGCAUGAUUCAACCAACACAUAUUAUUCAAAUUAUACAGACAAAUCGGAAGGAAAAUUAUCCAGUGAAUCUUUCAGCACAAUUAUUGAACAAUUCACCAAAUAUGCCUGGAUGGCAUGAAGAUUAUAAGGGUUAUUGUGCCCAUGAAUUAUAUUUAGUAAACAAAUUUACCGAAAUGAAACAUUAUUUGAAAGAUAAUACUGUGGCAAAUCCAGUAAAUACACAUUGGGGAUUCCGGCCAAAUGAAUUACGGAACGUGUGUAUGAUAAGUUAUGUUAAUGGAAUUAUUAAAAAAGAAAAUCAAUCAUUAUUAGAAGUUCAACCAGUUGUCACUACAAUGGACGAUGUUAAAUUGGUUAGUUCAAAUAUAAGCGAAACAUUAAUUCCAAGUCUUUUUAAUGGAAAUUUUGUAGCUUUAUGUCGAGAACAAAAAAUAGAAUACGAUAAAGUGCUGUAUAUAUGUGAAGGUUUUGGUAUUAUACGUGGAAUCGAUAAUAAAGACAUUUAUUUAUUGACUCCAUUAAAUCUACAAACAUUAAAAAAUGUGACACAUAUAAUGUUAUCUGCAGAACCACUUCCUCCCAGUAUCUAUAUGAAUACUAAAUGUAUGGAUUGUUCUGUACCAUAUGUGUCUGCAUCAAAAUCAAAACAAAUGAAAACAACUAUAGCUCCUCAACGUUCCACUUAUCACAUAUUUAAAAAUUAUUUGAACAAAAUGUAAGAAAAUGAAUAAAAAAUGCUCUGUAGGAGUAAUCUUGUUUUUGAUUUCUAUUCUUUUUAAUACUA